AUGAAUCGACCUCAGCAACGAGACCCUGAUUCAACGGACUCCUACACGGUAGCAUGGAUCUGUGCCCUAGAAGAAGAAUAUUUCUGUGCAUGCCGUAUGCUUGACGAAGAGUUCACCGGGCCGGAAACCAGUGAAGAUAACGACGACAACAUGUACGUCUACGGUCGUAUCAUGAGGCAUUACGUGGUGAUUGGUUGUCUUCCCGCCGGUCGGUACGGCACCAAUUCAGCUGCCCGUGUUGCCCGAGAUAUGGUUCGAACGUUCCCACAUCUACGGUUCGCACUAAUGGUGGGAAUUGGAGGCGGCGCUCCGACCGCUCGAAAUGACAUCCGAUUAGGGGAUGUUGUCGUCAGUCAACCGGGAGACGGGUUCGGCGGAGUGAUACAAUAUGAUCUGGGCAAGUUCAAAGACGGUCGGUUCCAGAGGACAGGCCAACUCAACGCGCCGCCUGAGAAACUUCUGGGAGUUAUUCCGGAGAUGCGCCGACUAUUUAGUGACAAAAGGAAGCCAGACAGACUCGCGGAACAUCUUAAGCGUCUUGAUGAUAUGGAGGAUUAUCAACGGCCAGCGGUUGACCAGCUUUAUGUUAUCGAAGAUCCGCCAAACCGUCCUGAGGAGGGUUGA